AUGAAAUGGAGAAGAAAAAGUUACAAAGAUCUUUCUUAUAUCGGCUAUGCAACAUUUUACACAAUCUAUGCUAAUGUUUACACAAUGUCAAAGUUCGCUGCUGACUCAAAUAGAAUGGAUCCAUCAGGAAAAAUCCUUGGUAACAUUUCUAUCGAUGAUGUUGUUGUAAAAACAUUGAUUCCAUUAGAUAUCUCACUUCCAAUGAAGACAUAUGUUUGCAUGAACAGAUCUCGUUACUACCUUAGCUUAUUGUUAAAUAAAUUGGCGGAUAAGGCUCUUGAAGGCGACGAUCCUUAUGAUAUCGCUUACGUAUUAAUUCAAACAAACUCUACAUUCAAAGUUUGUGAUCAAGCAAGUCCAGAUUACGCGAUCAGAGCAAGUUUAAAGGCUGAAUUAAUUGUUUUCAGUUACUUGCAUAACUAUAUUGCUGGUUUGUACAAUGAAAACAAAAUGCCAGCAAAUCUUUAUGCAUCCAAUGAUUAUUGCCAGAUUUUGUCAAAUAUCCCAACCAUUUCAGAAAACGUCGAUAUAACAUUCCAUUCAAUUCUUAAUUACUAUAUUGAUAAAGCAAAUUAUUAUGAUGGUAUAUUCAUUGCUUGGCUUGUAUUUGGUUUAGUUGCAAUGGCAGUUAUUUGUGGAAUUCCACUUUUCGUCAUUGGUUUCUUAUACAACAGAAGAAUCACAAAGAUGUGCCAGAUUUUGCAUCAAUUACCUCCACCUGUCAAAGAAGAUGCCAGAAGGGCAUUGAUGUUGAAUCAAGAUCUCAACAGUGAAAACAGUGCAGGAACAACAGAAGUCAAAUCAGCAUUCUUAGUUGUAAUAAGAAUCAUUUAUUAUAUUGCUUUAAUUGCUUGUUUGAUUGUUUAUGCUUUGUUUGUUAUCACAACAACAAAAAUGAACUCCAAUCUUACAAAGAUUCUCAGAUGGUACUUCUAUUCAUGCCAGAGAAUCACAAUGGCUUCACAAUGCGGUAACAAUGCUAUUCAGAUGAUUUUCUUGAAUGGAUCAUUACCACAAACAAUUGUGAACACAUCACAGUUAAGAGAUAAUGAGAUUUCAAUGCUUGACAAGUUCAUGGACUCAGAAAGAACAUUAUUAUAUGGUAAUGACGAAGUUGAAGGCAGUGUUGGCUUCGAUGAAGAGUUGGAUCACUUGCAUCUUGAAAGUUACUGCGAUUUACUUGCGAUUAGGAAGAGAACCAAAGUCAAUACAUGA